GGAAGGCUUACAUGGCGCUGGAGGGACUGCUUGGCCUCGCCGCUCUCGCCUUGACCUUGGCCGUGGAAGUGGAACUAUCUCGAGGGCAUUCUUUGGAGCUGAGCUGUGGCCCUGGGCCUGGCCAAGUGAUACUACAACCGAAUCAAACGCUGGAGUUGGGCUGCAAUCUGGCUCCUGUUGAGCAGGUCCUCAACAUUACCUGGAAGAAGAAUGGGCUUCCACUAGCGAAAGAGGAAAACCUUCGUGUCCUCCCCAAUGGAUCUUUGUCCAUAUCUUCAACCCAACUGCUUUCAGAGGAGGGCAGCCCUCCAGACGGCAGCAGCGUGGAGGGAAACUACACCUGCGUCUCUCAUGGCACCUUUGGCUCCGUUGCUGGACAAACGGUUGUGCUUCGUGUGUCGACUUUGUCUCAAUUUUUUCAACAUCCAGAGUCCCAAACUGUGGUAGAAAAUGGCAUGGCCCACUUUGAGUGUCGGAUUGAAGGACUACCUCCUCCAGUGAUCAUGUGGGAGAAGGAUGGUGUGGAUGUGCCUUCUGAACCCAGAUUUAUCGUUCUCCCAAAUGGUGUCCUUCAAAUCAUAGAUGUGAAGAAAAAUGACGCUGGGGUGUACCGUUGCGUGGCCAGCAACGGUGCGAGGAAGCACUACAGUUCUGGAGCAGUUCUCAGCCUCUUGGAAGGUCAUCAGCUGCCAGUGACCGAGGACGUGUCCAUUGUUGCUGCUCCAGAGAACGCCACCGUGGUGGCAGGAGAGAGUGCCGUGAUGGAGUGCAUGGCCUCCGCCACUCCCACCCCGUUUGUCUCCUGGAUACGGGAGGAUGGGAACCCUAUUUCCACAGAGGUGAUUGUGUUGGGGCGGACUAAUCUCCUGAUUCCUCAUGCCCAGCUUCAUCACGCAGGGGUCUACGUUUGCCGCGCCAAUAAACCCCAGACCAGGCAGUUUGUGACUGCUGCAGCUGAGCUCCGAGUCCUUGCUCCUCCUACCAUCUCCCAGGCUCCUGAAACCAUUUCCCGCACCCGAGCCAGCACCGCCCGGUUUGCCUGCAAAGCGGAAGGCGAGCCGUCUCCCAGCAUCCACUGGAUGAAGAACGGGGAGCCUCUUCUGUCCAAAGGACGAGUGAAGAUCCAGAGCAGCGGCGCGCUGGUGAUCAACCAGAUUGGGUUGGAUGACGCCGGCUACUACCAAUGCGUGGCGGAAAAUCACCUGGGCAUGGCGUGUGCCACGGCCAGGCUGGAGGUGAUUGUGCGGGAAGGCCUGCCCAGCGCUCCUAAGAGGGUGUCGGCUAGUUCUCUCUCCAGCACAACAGUCUUGGUCUCCUGGGAACGGCCAGAGUUCAACAGCGAGCAGAUUAUUGGCUUCUCUCUGCAUUACCAGAAAGCUUUGGGCACCGACAACGUGGAGUACCAGUUUGCGGUGAAUAACGACACGACCGAGUUUCAGGUCAAAGACCUGGAGCCCAGCACCAGCUACAUUUUCUACGUGGUGGCAUACUCGCAGCUUGGAGCCAGCCGGACCUCCUCUUCCAUAAAUGUGCAGACUCUGGAGGACGUUCCCAGCGCGGCUCCUCAGCUUUCCCUUUCAAGCACGACUCCGACUGACAUCAAGGUGACUUGGCUGCCUCUCCCUCCGGAACUGAGCAACGGGAGGAUCACCAAAUACAAAAUUGACUACGCCCCACUCAAGGAAGACCUGAUUUCCUCAACCAAGGUCGGCGCCAAUGAGACACAACUCACCCUUUAUGCCCUGCACCCGAAUAAAGUCUACAAAGUGCGGAUUGCGGCAAGCACCAGCGUGGGCUUUGGAGCCUCUUCUGAGUGGACACAGCAUCGUACCCCAGAUAGAGACAACCAGACUCACGUUCCGUUUGCCCCAACUGAGUUAAGAGUCCAAGCAAAAAUGGAAUCCCUCUUGGUGAGUUGGCAACCUCCAGCCAACCAUGCCCAGAUUUCAGGCUACAAACUCUACUACCGAGAAGUGGCGACAGAGGAGACCAGUGAGGAGCCCCCCUCCGAAGGCACUGGUGAUGGCCCUUGGGAUGUUGGGCCGAUAAAGCUGAAAAAGAAAAUCAAGCAACAUGAAUUGACACAGUUAGUUCCUGGGCGGCUCUACGAGGUGAAGGUGGUGGCGUUCAAUAAGCAUGAAAAUGGCUACGCGGCGGUGUGGAAGGGCAAAACGGAGAGAGCGCCUGUAACAGCAGCAGACCCCCCGGUGCAGAAGGGCCCACCGUUGCCCCCGGCCCACGUCUAUGUAGAAUCCAACAGUUCCACGUCAAUUUGGCUGCGGUGGAAGAAACCCGACUUCACCACUGUGAAGAUUGUCAAUUACACCGUGCGAUUCAGCCCCUGGGGGCUGAAAAACGCCUCGCUUGUGACUUACUACACGAGCUCUGAUGAAGACAUCCUCAUCAGCGGGCUAAAGCCAUUCACCAGAUACGAGUUUGCAGUGCAGUCAAAUGGCGUUGGCAUGGAUGGGCCAUUUGGGAACGUGGUGGAAUGGUUCACCCUCCCAGACAGGCCAUCAACUCCUCCCUCCGAUUUGCGGUUGCACCCGAUCAACCCGUAUGCUGUUCAGGUUCACUGGUGCCCCCCCUCCGAACCCAAUGGCAUAAUCGUGGAGUACGUCAUCUUGUACAAUGCCAACCACACUCAGCCAGACGAGAUGUGGACUCUACUGACAAAAGAAGGUAAUAUAUUUAGCACUGAAGUUCACGGGCUGGAGAGCGACACCAGGUAUUUCUUCAAGAUGGGAGCGAAAACGGCCGUCGGGUCAGGGCCGUACUCCACCGUGAAGGACGUGCAAACCUUGCGGGAGAAAUUCUCAGAUAUGCUGGACGUUCACUCUGUCACGGGGAUCAUCGUGGGAGUCUGCUUGGGGUUGCUGUGCGUCCUCUUCUGCAUGUGUGCUAGCUUUCGCAACAACAAACCGAGGGAGUCUGUGCCAGGUCUGGAUUCCCAAGCAGCCGGGAACCACGCGUACUAUCACCGGAGCCGGCAAGCGCCACCGCUUCCUGUGACCCCCUCUAACUCCCACGAACUGGAGUCCCUCAUGACCCCGAUCUCUGACGACGCUCCCUCGCCGCCGACAGACGUCAUGGAACUGAGUGAAGCGCAGGGCCUCAUCCACGACAGUGCUCUUGAUGGCAGCAUGGGCUACGUCAAACAGAAGCCUCCUUGGGAGAAACCGCUGACCAGCUGGGCAAAUAGCAUUGCUAGCUAUGGAGACCCAGUUCCAAAGGAGCCCACCAUGGCUCUGAACGGAUCGUUGAAGAUGGCGCCCAACGGGGGCCAAAAGCUCCUGUUGCAAGCUCUGGUUUAUGAGGUCGUUACGAACGAAGUGAGCAAGGAGCACGCGCCCAGCAGCUUCAACCAGAUGGAAGCAGAGGUCAUUGUCCAUUCCGAUUUCUUGGCCUCCGACCGAGAUUGUGACUCUCAGUUUCACAUGCUGGCCUCAGAAGUGGCUCUCUCUGAGGACUGUGACCCUGAACACCUCCCCACAGAGGACCUGUCUCAAGGGGUUGCUCCCAGCUCCCCUAAGAGACUCAGCAAAGAAUCCCAGGACCAAGCAGGCGGCGUUGAGACCCCCGGCGCCUUGCGAAGAACUGACCGGCAGGCUCACAAAAUGGCUGCCAGGUCUCUAGAGAUGGCCACUGGCUUCCUCAAGGCUGGUGAAAGCCUGGACUCUGUGGGGAGUGGGGACUCCGGCUCCCUUCAGGAAGGGGGAGAGAACACGCAGUCGAGCUCAUGCGAUGCCUUCACCACCGGCCAGCCUCGAGCCCUCCUGUGCAGCGGCCUCUCUCGUAUCGUCAGUUCUCCCUCCAUGUUUGAGAACAUGGCCUGCGUCCACCAUCUUUGAAGAGAGCGCUGAUUAAACCCGUGACCACAGCAGAGCUAGAAGUAAUAUAAUCCCUUUUCCGUAAGGCUUAGCCCAUGAUGCUACUAAACAGACCCACAACUCACAGUUUGAAGGGGGUACAGCGGAGCCUCCACAAAGUUUUGACUAAAGAGACCUCCCUGCUCCCCCCCCCCAAGUAUUUUGCCGUUGUUUGGGGAGCCCAGAGGCUGUUUUCCCCCCUGGCCUCGUGGGUCAUUUCUCUCCCCAUGCCUCCUGCAAUCUCCACUCUGCAGAGAGGCUGCUGAGAGCCUAGCAAACUUUUUGCCAAGGGGCGCAAGGCAAGGCCCUCCUCAGGUCAUUCCCCUCCGGCCUGCACCAUCCCACGCUGCCGCCCUGUGGUGGCUGCCGUGCAGCCAGUCACCGUAGGGGAAAUGCCUUGAUUGUCCCAUGGGACUUGCAUGGUGGACCUUGGGCCAUCAGGACGAGUGGCGUUGAUCUGCUCCUCUGCCUUGCGCAAGGUAAACAGGUUCCAGCUUUUGACAAGUGGGCAGAGCAGAGGGCCUGAACUUCCUGAGCAAAAGGAAGCAGAGGUGGAGAGGAAUCGGAGAAUCCCAGAAUCCCUUGUGCUAUCGCCCAGCAUGGUGGGCGGGGCUCUCCCUUUGCUGAUGCAGGGUCUAAACAGCAUGGAACCUGUGUCUCAUUGGACCAUCACCAACACACCAUGCCGUUGGUUCGUAGUUCGUGGGUUCCUUAACGGGGACAGGGGAGGGUGUCAGCGGCCCGUGUUUGCCAAUGUCUGGUACUGACCCUGGUAACGACAUAGGCAGCAUUAAGGGAAAGAGGUGCUUUUGAAAUUCAGCCUUAAGGGAUUUUUAAAAAAAUAAGUCUUAAAGACUUCUUGAUAAUUUCUUUUCAAAAGUAUUAAUAUUUUAAUAACAUUAAGUGUCAGUUUGCCAAAAUUAAUACUUCUACCCCUCUCCUUUUUAAAUCCCCAAAUCCAACAGCAUCCGUUACUGGGAAUGCUGAAAAUAAAGUUACAUUAAGAUAACAUAAAUUUCGAUUUUUGCAAACACUUUUCAGUUAAGGCGAAAGAAUUCCACCCCUACCCUGCUGCUGCAGAAGUCCACUUAAAGAGAAAAGCAAGGCUAGAGGCAGAUGAUCGCUCCUUUAGAGCGGAAGGCAGUUUGAGAGAGAGCCAGCUGGUGAUGGGUUUAUAUACUCAUCCCACUUCUACCCCUGGAUACAUUGGUAGGGUUUUGUAUUGUUUCAAAAACCUCCCAAACCUGCUUGACUAGAGGUAACAGUGGGACAAAAGACCUUCUCAUGCCCAGCACAGGAAGUGUUUGUCUUUCUAAAGCCACUUUCAACUCUCUUAAAAAUGAUGUCUGUCUCCAGUCUAACACUGAAUCAGAUGGCAUUUUCCAAUCACGGUUGCUUGGGUGGGAUUAUCUUGUAUAAGCAUCAGGAUGGUUAAAGAGGCAACUGGAAAUUCAGUAAGUGGUCACGUCCGUUUAGUUCUGAAAUACAUUCACUGGCACUGCAGGCGUUAUGGCCAACUUGCCUUGCCUGUUCGAAAUGUCAGCUGUGUCUACAUCCAUGUGGGCAAUGAAACGCGCUGCAAUUGGGCACAAGUACCGGCAUGAUUGCUGUGUUUACACUUGCACCACAUCAGGAGAAGAACUGGGGUUUCCUGCACCAUGUAGCACCUCUUGUAACAACCACAUUUAGCCAGAGUUCCUCCUGCAGCGGCAUAAGCGUAGCUGUAAUGAAAAGUGUUGGCUAAUGGUAUUCUGUUUUAAGUAGGUUUAUUACUUAAGGACAAUGUAGAUUCCUGUCUUUUUCUCCCAGGGGGAAAAAAAAAGUUUGGCAUCUUUCUACAAUUGAACCCUACAAAGGGAACCACUCUGUGUGAACAACACAGCAAGCCUUUUCUAACUUGCCUUUAGUCACUUCAGUAAUCCUCGAUCCUCCCAGAGUGCAGGACACGGAAUAAAGGACUCAAGUUAAAGGAAGCCAGAUUCCAGCUGGACAUCAGGAAAAACUUCCUGACUGUUAGAGCAGUACGACAAUGGAACCAGUUACCUAGGGAGGUUGUGGGCUCUCCCACACUAGAGGCCUUCAAGAGGCAGCUGGACAACCGUCUGUCAGGGAUGCUUUAGGGUGGAUUCCUGCAUUGAACAGGGGGUUGGACUCGAUGGCCUUGUAGGCCUCUUCCAACUCUGCUAGUCUAUGAUUCUAUGAUUCUAAUACCUUUCCAUCAGUGCUACACAGCUGGCGACCCGUAGGAUAGACCCCAGUUGGCCCAUGGCUCACACAAGCUCGUCGAAGGGUUAAAAGAGGCCCCUUAGUUUCAGCCAACCUCUUCCUCACAACCAGAUGCAGGGAAGUGUGUGGGGUGGGCAGGGACGCGGGAGGAACUGUCCAGAAAUACGGGCUGACCACUGUGAUAUUCCCUGGAAUUCCUCCCCAUCCCACCUUCUCCAGUAAGACGCAUAUUGGUCAGAGAGUGGCCACUUCCACCAGCGCUGAGCUAUCUGGUUGAGUAGGUAGGAUCCUUUUCCCUCUUCCCUCCAUACUGCUGCAACUCCAGGUCACUGUAGAUUUGCAGCAGUGUGAAGAAGGUUGCCCAGCUUGUAUGGAAAGCUGCUGCUGCAUGCAAACACCUGGUCCAGUGAGGCAGUGGCCGAGAGCUGCAGUUUUUUAGGUCUGGCUUAUACAUUCACCUGAACGGAGUAGUAUGCAGCUUUUCCUGGAUUGUACCAAUUUCCAAAAAAGCCCCAACUUCAAGUAUGACCUGAUGGGAUCUGAGCUGGUGGCGACCGACCAAGAAAGAGAUCUUGGGGUUCUGGUGAACAGACCGAUGAAAAUGUCCACCCAGUGUGCGGACGCUGUAAAGAAGGCAAAUGCCAUGUUAGGCACAAUUAGAAAAGGAACUGAGAAUAAAACUGACAGUGUCAUACUGCCUUUAACCAAAUCUGUGGUGCAGCCACACUUAGAAUACAGUGCAUAGUUUUGGUCACCACACCUCAGAAAAGGUAUUGUAGAACUGGGGGGGUGGGGGUGGGAAAGUGCAGAAAAGGGCAACUCAAACGAUCCAGGGCUGGAGCAUCUCCCCUAUGAGGGAAGGUUACAACAGCUGGGAUUGUUCAGCUUGGAAAAAAAAAGGAGGCUGAGGGGAGACAUGAUAGAGGGGUACAAAAUUAUGCAUGGUGUGGAGAAUGUGAAUAGGGAGACAUUUUCCCCCUCUCUCAAAAUACUAGAACUCGUGGUCCUCCCAUGAAACUGAUUGGUGGGAGAUUCAGGACAAUAAAAGGAAGGACUUCUUUACACAGCGCAUAGUUAAACUCUGGAAUUUACUUCCACAAGAUGUGAUGGCCACCAAUUUGGAGGGCUUUAAAAGGGCGUUGUAUAAAUUCCCGGAGGAGAAGGCUCUCCAUGGCUACUAGCCCUGAUGGUUAUGUGCUACCUCCAGUAUCCAAGGCAGUAAGCCUGUGUGCACCAGUUGCUGGGGAACAUGGGCGGGAGGGUGCUGUUGCACCUGUGUCCUGCUUGUGGGUCCCUGGUCAACGUCUGGUUGGCCACUGUAUGAACAGAGCGCUGGACUAGAUGAAGUUUAUGUUCUUACGUUCUUACUACUUUAAGAUGUGGAGUGUUGGGGGCUUGCUUGUUGGAACUUCCUCUAUGGAAUAAAACAACCACAACCACAAAACUCGCAAGCCAAGGAGGUGGUUUCAAUUUAGGCUUCACCCUGACAUGGCUAACUUUCUACACACAGGGAGGUUUUUCUUUUUGGUUUUAACGGAUGAGUAUUCAAGCAUGCAACCACGUGCAGCGGAGGCUCCGAUGUCAGUGGGGCAGUGAAUCCGCUGUGGGUUUCAGUCAGAUCCAGUCACAACUCUCAAGGAGCUAGCCCAGGUGCUCUAUCCAAGGAUUCACUACCCCACAGACAGUGGAGCCACCAGCCUCCACUACCUGCACACCACGUCAAGUGCACUCUGUGGGAAGCUUUGCCGCCUGGAUUCUCUUGAAUUUCAACUGGAAAGCAGCCCUCAUCUUCUGGCCUGUUUUGAUGGACAUCCGCCCUUUCCAGCAGACAGAUCCUGUAACUUCUUAUUACACACUCUGCGAGUGCUUCUAACAGCUUGUUCCGAAAAUUAGAGAACCUUUCUCCAGCAACUGGGUCACCUCACCAGCCUGGACAUUUGUGUUAACAUAGGCCGCAAUCCUAUGGGAAUCCCCCCUGUGCACGCCCCACUGACAUGAAUCGGAUCGCCAUUCAUUCAUGUCUCCCUUUCAUUCCACUGGGGCUCACGCAGGAGAAAUUCCCUGCCAGAUGGUGCCCCUAGGUUCUUGUACCUAAUAUUUUAGGUAUUGAUCUCUCUCUCUCUCUCUCUCUCUCUCUCUCUCUCUCUCUCUCUCUCUCUCUCUCUCCUUUUUAAUGUAUGACAAUUUAUUUUUUAUUUCCUCAGAGCAUCUUUAUAUUAUUUAAUUUUAUAUAAAAAAGGAAAAACAUUAGUAGCGUGUGUUCUAGUGUAGCAUUUUUACUGCUAUUUCUCUAUUGUGUUUCCCCCUUCUCCUUAACACAACAACUACCUCAUGCUUGUUUAAAAAAGGAAAAUAAAAGCAGUAGAUUUUG